CCGGAUUCUAGAUUCUUCCAAGUGGGGCCCACCCCCCUAACUUUAUACGCGCCCACCCGCGUCCGGUGCAGGUCAUCGUCGUCUCCCAUCCCUUCAUCGUCGCCUCCCCGCCUCCGCCGCGUGGCCUCGCCUCGCCGUCGGACGGAUCGAGCGAGCCACGCCCGCCGCCAUCUCUCCGCGCAUCGCGGAUCCCCGCUCGCCGGGAGGGGAGGAGCUUCUUGCACUUUGAAGAAACAACAAGAUGGCAGCCAAUGUUGGGGAAUCCACGAGCAGCGGCAGCAAUAGCGAUGCAGCUGGGGGGAGCUUUGAAUGCAAUAUCUGCUUUGAAUUGCCACAGGAGCCAAUAGUUACUCUCUGUGGCCACCUCUUCUGCUGGCCAUGUAUUUACAGGUGGCUACACGUCCACGCACACUCUCCAGAGUGCCCGGUAUGCAAAGCUGUAGUUGAAGAGGAUAAGCUCGUUCCCCUUUAUGGACGUGGGAAGGACCGUGUCGAUCCAAGGUCAAAGAACAUACCUGAGGCUGACAUCCCUAACCGCCCGACUGGCCAGAGGCCUGCGACAGCUCCACAGCCUGACCCUAACGCCAAUUUUGCUAACGCUAAUGCUAAUGCCAAUCCAUGGUUCAUGGGCACUGGAGUACCAUUGGCCAAUGCACGGUGGGGGAAUUAUGCAUUUUCAGCCGCAUUUGGAGGCCUAUUCCCUAUGCUGAGCUUCCAAGUGCAUGGAUUUCCAGAUGCAAAUCCAUAUGCACAGCCUGCUGGUUUUCACUAUGGGUAUGGUGGCCAUGGCCAUGGAUUCCAUGGUGGCCAUAUGGGGCAUGCUCAUGGUGUACCCCGACAACAAGCACCGCUUGGGCAACAGCAGCAGGCAGACAUCUACCUGAAGGCCCUGCUAGUCAUGGUUGGAAUUCUUGUGAUUGCAAGCCUUCUUGCAUUUUAAGAUUGGUAACAGAUUCACCUGGAGAUAGAAGAUGGUAAAAGAAUUGCGAGCAUAUUACUGUGGCGUUGUGGUGUGUUAUCUUGCUACCAAAUGUGGCAUAAAUUAUUUAGCAUAUUUACAUGAAGUGUUCAUAGAGUAUUUGUAUUUAGUUCUAGGAUAGGCAUCUGCAUCUUACAGCCUCAUAUAUACUAUAAUUAGGUGGAACCAUUUCUUUUCUUUUGACUCUUUUGAUGGAUAUGUUGUACAAUUGUUGGGAUGUUGUCUCCACAUGUUGUAUACAUGCAAGAAUAUUAGUUCUUCCC